GUCAAACUUUGUGCGACCAAAACAGAGUGGCCGCCGCUUUUCCCCCAUCAUCCCGUCGUCGGAGUUGGUUUCGCGGAUUUUCCCGGUGUUUUUUGAGGCGAUUCGGUGACGGUUGACUGCAGGUGUCGUCGGAGGAGCGUCGCGCGAUGACGUCGAUUAUCAAGCUGCACGCCAUUUCCGGCGCGAUGGACGAAUCGCCGCCGUGCUACAUCCUGCAGGUGGACGAGGUGCGCUUCCUGCUCGACUGCGGCUGGGACGAAAAGUUCGAUCCGAACUUUAUCAAGGAGCUGAAGAAGUACGUCCACACGAUCGACGCAGUCCUGCUGUCCUACCCGGACGGGCUUCAUCUCGGCGCGCUGCCGUAUCUGGUGGGUAAGCUCGGGCUAAACUGUCCCAUCUACGCGACCAUCCCGGUGUACAAAAUGGGCCAAAUGUUCAUGUACGAUCUUUACAUGAGCCACUACAACAUGUACGAUUUUGAUUUGUUCACGCUGGACGACGUGGACGCCGCGUUCGACAAGAUCAUUCAGCUCAAGUACAACCAGAGCGUUUCGCUCAAGGGCAAAGGGUACGGCAUCACGAUUACGCCCCUUCCGGCGGGCCAUCUGAUAGGGGGCACCAUUUGGAAGGUGGUGAAGGUAGGCGAGGAGGACAUUGUGUAUGCGACAGACUUUAACCACAAAAAGGAGCGUCACUUGAAUGGGUGCGAGCUGGAAAAGCUGCAGCGACCUUCGCUGUUGAUUACGGAUGCGUACAACGCUCGGUAUCAGCAGGCACGGCGUCGGGCUAGGGAUGAAAAGUUCAUGACUAAUAUCUUGCAAACGCUGCGCAACAACGGAAACGUCCUGGUGACGGUUGAUACCGCUGGGCGCGUACUGGAGCUGGCCCAUAUGUUGGAUCAGCUGUGGAAGAACAAGGAAUCUGGUUUGAUGGCGUACUCGUUGGCGCUGUUGAACAACGUAAGCUACAAUGUGGUCGAGUUUGCCAAGAGUCAGAUCGAAUGGAUGAGCGACAAGCUGAUGAAAAGCUUCGAGGGUGCCCGGAACAAUCCGUUCCAGUUUAAGCAUUUGCGGCUGUGCCACACGAUGGCAGAUUUGGCGAAGGUGCCUAGUCCGAAGGUAGUGCUGGCGAGUUCUCCGGACAUGGAAAGUGGGUUUUCUCGGGAGUUGUUCGUACAGUGGGCUGGGAAUGUAAACAACAGCAUUAUCAUUACCUGCCGGUCUUCGCCGGGCACGCUGGCUAGGGAUCUGAUUGAUAACGGUGGAAAUGGUCGUAAGCUGGAGCUGGACGUGCGACGACGUGUUGAACUCGAGGGAGCUGAGCUGGACGAGUACAUGCGCACGGAGGGUGAGAAGCACAAUCGGUCGGUCAUCAAAAGCGAUAUGGAUCUGGACAGCAGCUCCGAUUCGGAAGAUGAGCUGGAGAUGAGUGUCAUCACUGGUAAGCACGACAUCGUGGUUCGUCCGGAGGGUCGUUCCCAUACGGGAUUUUUCAAGUCGAGCAAGAAGCAGUACGCGAUGUUCCCGUUCCACGAGGAGAAGAUCAAGUUUGACGAGUACGGUGAAAUUAUUCAACCUGACGAGUACAGGAUGGUUGAUCUCGGUCCAGAUGGAGCUGAAGAUAACAAGGAGAACCAUCAGAUCAAACCGGAAGAUAUCAAAAAGGAAAAAAUGGACGAUAUGACCGUACUCGACAAGCCAACCAAGUGUAUUAACAGCCGAAAGCUGGUGGAAGUGAACGCCCAGGUUCAAUUUAUCGACUUUGAGGGACGUUCCGAUGGUGAGUCCAUGUUGAAGAUUCUGUCCCAGCUGCGCCCACGUCGAGUGGUGGUGGUUCGCGGUUCCUCUCAGAACACUUCCCACAUUUCCGAGCACUGUCAGCUGAACAUCGGUGCCCGAGUGUUCAGCCCAAAUCGGGGUGAAAUCAUUGACGCCACCACCGAAACUCACAUCUACCAGGUUCGACUGACGGAGGCGCUGGUUUCUCAGCUCGAGUUCCAGAAGGGCAAGGACGCCGAAGUGGCCUGGGUUGACGCCCAGAUCGUUAUCCGAAACAAGCAGUUUAGUGGAGCUGCGGCUGAACCGGAGACACCGACCACGGGAGCGUUGACCGGCGUCACCAACAGUAUAACGGUGAACAACGCGAUUGCGGCGGCUGCUGCGGCAGCGUCGGACCAACCGAUGGACGUGGACCAGGUCGAGAUCACCGAGGACAAGAGCGACAAGCAGAUCCUGACGUUGGACCCGCUGCUAAACGACCAGCUGCCGGCGCACAACUCGGUGUUCAUCAACGAGCUGAAGCUGAUCGACUUCAAGCAGGUGCUGAUGAAGGCGAACAUUGCGUCGGAAUUUUCCGGUGGUGUGCUGUGGUGUAGCAACGGGACGCUGGCGUUGCGACGUAUCGACACCGGAAAGGUGACCAUUGAGGGAUGUUUGUCGGAGGAUUACUACCGGAUUCGGGAACUUUUGUACGAGCAGUAUGCGAUUGUGUAAGGGCGUUGGGGGAGUAUAACAAUUUUGAUUAGAUUUUGUGGUCGGAA